AUGGUUAAGGAAACAGGUUUAUAUGAUCUUUUAAACGUUUCUCCUACUGCUAAUGAACAAGAAAUUAAAAAAGGUUAUAGAAAAGCUGCUUUAAAGUAUCAUCCAGAUAAACCUACUGGUGAUACUGAAAAAUUUAAAGAAAUUAGUGAAGCUUUCGAAAUUUUAAGUGAUGCAGAAAAGAGGGAAGUUUAUGAUCAGUAUGGUUUGAAAGCUGCUAGAGGUGAAGCUCCUCAAUUUGCUAAUGGUGGUGCUGGUGGGUUCCCAGGUGGCGGUGCUCAUACUUUCACUAACGAUGAUGCUUUCAAUAUUUUCUCUCAAUUCUUCGGUGGUAAUGCAGGUGGUCAAAACGCUAAUUUCAAUUUUGGUGGUAUGCCAAGUGGCAUGGGAGGCAUGCCAAGAUCAUCUAGAUCUAGUUAUACCAAUUUCGGUGGAAUGGGUGGUAUGCCAGGUGGUAUGCCAGGUGGUAUGCCAGGUGGCAUGGGUGGUGGCAUGGGUGGCAUGGGAGGAAUGCCAGGUGGAUUUGGUGGUAGCCCAAGAGAAAGUCAACCUGAAGAAGUUGUUCAAGUUGACUUGCCUGUCAGUUUAGAAGAUCUAUUUGAAGGCAAAAAGAAAACUUUCAAAAUUGGUAGAAAAGGACCAAAUGGUGAAGCUGAAAAGGCACAAAUUGAAAUUGCAUUAAAAGCGGGGUGGAAAGCUGGUACUAAGAUUACUUAUAAAAACCAAGGUGAUUAUAAUCCAUCCACUGGAGGCAGAAAAACUUUACAAUUUAUUCUAAAGGAGAAACCUAACACAAACUUCAAAAGAGAUGAAGAUAAUUUAAUAUACACUCUACCGUUAACAUUCAAAGAAUCCUUAUUGGGAUUCCAAAAAACUAUAAAGACAAUUGAUGGUAAGACGUUACCGAUCUCCAGAGUCCAACCUGUCCAACCAUCUGAAUGUACGACAUAUCCAGGUCAAGGUAUGCCGAUAUCAAAAUCAGUUGGUCAAAGAGGUGACAUGAUAGUUAAGUUUAAAGUUGGAUACCCAACAUCUUUAACUGAGGAUCAAAAGCGCGUUAUCAACGAAAACUUUUAA